GCAGCACAAAUUUAUCGAUAACAAACCAAGACAAACGAAAUCGCUAUCUCAUCCGCCGAAUGACCAUUCUAUCAUUCAUUGCGACCAAGAAGACACACAGAGCGUGAUGAAUAUUACUUCAGCAGCGGGAGUGAUAUCACUCCUGGAGGAGCCUGAGCCACAACUGAAAGCCUUCGCUUUGAACAAGCUUGACAACAUUGUCGAUGUCUUUUGGCCAGAGAUUUCUGAAAAUGUGGACAAGAUCGAAGUCCUCUCCGAGGAUCCCAAUUUCAAGUCAAGCGAGUUGGCUGCCUUGGUUGUAUCCAAAGUUUACUAUCAUUUAGGGGCCUUUGAGGAAUCUGUCACAUUUGCUCUAGGAGCAGGCGGUCUCUUCAAUGUGAAUGAUACCUCGGAGUUCGUGGAAACUAUCAUUGCCAAGUGCAUUGAUCACUACACAAAGCUUCGGGUGCAUAAUGCUGAUGCCACAGAUGAAGCUGACAAGAAGCCCAUAGAUCCAAGGCUUGAGGCUGUGGUGAACCGCAUGUUCCAGAGAUGUUUAGAUGACAAGCAGUUCAAGCAGGCCGUGGGCAUUGCUCUGGAGACCAGGAGAAUCGAUAUUUUCGAGAAAGCCAUCAAGACGUCGGAUGAUGUGGCGGGUAUGCUGUCCUAUGCUUUCAAGGUGUGCAUGUCUCUCAUCCAAAGCCGUCAGUUCCGCAACACAAUUCUGCGCGUGCUGACCAGCCUGUACAUGGGUUUGGGCACUCCUGAUUACAUCAACGUCUGUCAGUGCUACAUCUUCCUGGACGACGCUCAAGCUGUGGCCGAUAUCCUGGUGCAGCUCACCAAGGGCAGCAUAGAUUCUGUCCUCAUGGCCUAUCAGAUCGGCUUUGACCUGUAUGAGAGUGCCACACAGCAGUUCUUGCAGCGCGUCCAGGCUGCCCUCCGUGUGGCGGCUCCAGCUCCUAUCUCUGCGCCUCCCACACUGAACACAAAGAAGCCUGCCGCUGAGAAGUCCGAGUCCAAGGAGAAAGAGAAGGAAGAGAGUAUGGAGACGGACGAAGGAGAGGCUGCCCCAGCUCCUGCAACAGAGUCCAAACCGCCCACCAGAGAUCUCAGCAGUUUGAGCAGCGAGGAGAAGGAACAGCAGGGACGCAUCGAACGACUUCACACCAUCCUGGGCGGCGAGACCACCAUUUUCUUGCGCCUGCAGUUCCUCAUCAAGAACAACAAGACAGACAUGCUGAUCCUGAAGAACACCAAGGAUGGUGUGAGGAACUCUGUGUGCCACACAGCGACUGUGAUCGCCAACUCCUUCAUGCACUGUGGCACGACGUCAGACCAGUUCCUCCGUGACAACCUGGAGUGGCUGUCCCGGGCCACCAACUGGGCCAAGUUUACGGCCACUGCCAGCCUUGGGGUCAUCCACAAAGGUCACGAGAAAGAGGCCCUCAACCUGAUGUCUCAGUACCUGCCCAAAGACGUGAGUCCGGGCUCUUCUUACUCUGAAGGAGGCGGCCUGUAUGCUCUGGGUCUGAUCCACGCGAACCAUGGAGGGGAGAUCACAGACUACCUACUGAACCAGCUCAAAGAUGCCACAACAGACAUGGUCCGCCAUGGAGGAUGCCUGGGUCUUGGGCUUGCUGCCAUGGGCUCUGCCCGGCAUGAUAUCUACGAGCAGCUCAAGUUCAACUUGUUCCAGGACGAUGCAGUCACUGGGGAAGCUGCUGGCUUGGCUAUGGGCUUGGUGAUGUUGGGAACCAAGUCCUCCACCGCCAUCACUGACAUGGUUCAGUAUGCUCAGGAAACACAGCACGAAAAGAUCCUACGAGGCUUGGCUGUUGGCAUAGCCCUUACCAUGUACGGCCGCUUGGAGGAAGCAGAUGCUCUUAUCGAGUCGUUGAUCCGAGACAAGGACCCCAUCCUCCGCUGGUCUGGCAUGUACACGCUGGCUAUGGCUUACUGCGGCAGCGGCAACAACCAGGCCAUUAGGAGGCUUUUGCAUGUGGCUGUCAGCGACGUUAACGACGACGUGAGGCGGGUGGCAGUCACCUGUCUUGGUUUUCUUCUGUACCGCACUCCAGAGCAGUGUCCUAGUGUGGUAUCUCUUCUCUCCGAGAGCUACAACCCUCAUGUGCGUUUUGGAGCUGCUAUGGCUCUUGGCAUUGCCUGUGCUGGCACUGGCUUGAAGGAUGCGAUUGGUCUUCUGGAGCCCAUGGCCAACGACCCCAUCAACUAUGUCCGACAAGGGGCGCUCAUCGCUUCUGCCCUUAUCCUCAUCCAGCACAAUGAGUCCACAUGUCCCAAAGUCACCCAUUUCCGCCAGCUGUACGCCAAGGUAAUUGCCGACAAGCACGAAGAUAUCAUGGCCAAGUUUGGUGCCAUCCUGGCCCAGGGAAUCAUCGACGCUGGUGGCCGCAACUGCACCGUUUCCUUGAUGUCCCGCAUGGGUCAUACCAACAUGGAGGCGGUGGUGGGCAUGCUGGUCUUCUGCCAGCACUGGUUCUGGUACCCCCUCACACACUUCCUCUCUCUAGCCUUCAAGCCCGCCUGCCUGGUGGGGCUCAAUGGUGACCUGAAGAUGCCCAAGGUUGAGUUCAAGUCCAACGCUCGCCCAUCCUUGUACGCAUACCCUCCAGUCCUAGAGGAGAAGAAGGACAAAGCCAAGGAAAAAGUGGAGACUGCUGUCCUGUCCAUUACCGCAAAGCAGAAGAAGAAGGAUUUGGAGAAGAAGAAGGACUCUCAGACAUCCGUUGAUGGUUCAGCAGCAGCAGAGUCCAUGGAAGUGGAUGACAGCAGCAAGAGCUCUUCUGCUUCCAAGGAAAAGAAGGAUGAGAAGCCCUCAGAGAAGAAAGAAGCUGAGGAAGAAGAUGCGACUGAAAGUACAGAAAAGAAGAAGGAACCAGAGGCAACCUUUGAGAUCUUGUCAAACCCUGCACGCGUCAUGAAGGCACAACUGAGGGUGUUAAGUGUUGAGAACAGUCGCUACCAACCAGUGAAGGACCUGGCACAUGGAGGCAUUAUUCUGUUGAAGAACCGUAAGCCGGGAGAACAAGAGGACAUUGUGGAGACUGUGCAGGCCGGCGGACCCAAGGCGGAGGAGGAAGAGGAGGAGCCUGAACCACCUGAGCCUUUUGAGUGGACCGAGGAUUGAUGAGAGGGUGGGUUAGUACGAGGACAGGAGCUUAUCUUGUGGCUGGUGGCUUUGUGUCCAUGAUGAGUGCUGGUGUUUGGGUGUUUGAAAGAGUUCCGGUAUGUGUGUGUGUUUGCUUAUCAUGAAUGAAUUUUUGAAUGAUAGAGUUUUGGUAAGUUUAUGAAUGUACAGGGGGGGGGGGGGUUCCCUCUGUAUGCAUGUCUCUAAAUUAGUGAGACAAUAGUCUUUGAAGUGUAGUACUGUUGUGUGUUGUGUGUGUCUUUUUUUUUUCCUCCUUUUUAAAAAAUGAGAUGCCGUUCACAGUGUGUACAUGAGUGUGCUCCAACUCUCAGGCAGACUUUGCUUGUAACUUCAAAUUGAGAUUUUCAGUCUACACCAAGAACAGUAGAUUCCUCCUAUCUGGCAUGGUUCGUUAGAUCGUAAGGGAGUGAACUGCUAUUGCCAGUCAGGUUUGAGCUUUGAAGUGUCACAGAAUGAAUUGUGGUCAUUUAAUGAGUUACUAAAAGUAGGUGUCACUUGGGUUCCCCUGGCGAAUUUCAGGAAAUGUUUGAAAACAUCUGUGUUUUUUCUUUUGGUAUUUCAUUAAUGUUGAAAAUGCAGGUGGUCUUUGGUAUUUCAAGAACUUGAUAGAGAAAGAGAUGAAUAUUUGUACGAUACUUUCCAGUAGUUGGUUUCUGUUCUCUUAAAACUGUGCUUGUUGGGUCUUUUUUGGUACAUGUGUACUACACGCGUGAUGUCUGUGUGUCGUGCAGCAUGAAGUGAAGAAGUUUGUCGUGAAGGAUAUGUGAUAAUUUGGUAUGUAAGAAAGUCUUUUGUUGACUUCCUUUAUUAUAAGUCACUGAAAUACAAUGUGUCAGAAAGAAUGUUUAUUGUGGAGGUUUUCCAUCAAGUGUGCAUUGUGCAAAGACAUAAAAAUGUUCGUAACUUUUGAUGAGAAGUUAAUCUUGAAUGUUUAUUUUUUUAAAUUUUGGUUUAAGGCAAUGGAAAAACUUUAUUCACUGAAUGAAAAAAAAAUGGAAAUACCAAGUUUUGUGAAUAUUUGAUAGUGGUUAAAGGCUUCUGCGAUGGUUUUGUUUGUCGGUUUUUUUUUCCCAUGGCUACAAAGUUUUGAAAAAUCAUUUUGAGUGUAGAGAGGAGCCAUUCAUUACUAUUGAUAAAUAAGUUAACGUUUCUCAAACAAAGAUUACUAUCUUCUUCUUCUUCCUCUUGAUCGCAUCACACUUGAAGUCUGGUAUCUGUCAUAAAUUGGGCGGUCCUGCUCAGUUCAUCUGUUGGCCGGUCUUACUUCUCUAGAUUACUAUAAAUAAGGCUGCAAGUGAAUGUUUUCUCUUUAUAUAUAUAUAUAAAAUAAAAGCUCCCCACACGAAUAGCUCUUUUGUUUGUGUCUGAGCUCUGCGGACUGAGAUGACUAGUUGUAGAUCUGGAGCCACGAUCACUUAGUUCAAGAUGGAAUGUAGUCAUUGGCAGCUGUCUGAUCUCUGCCCACUCAGUUUCUUUAAUAUAUCUUUUUUUUUUCACUUGUUUAGUGGUUGAUGUCUAUGAUAUAGUUUACUACUAUAUUGUAAAUUCUAUUGGGCCAUUUAGUUCUUUAGAAUGUUAACUUUUGUAUAAUUAAAAACAGAAUGUUUUUUUUUUUUUAUGUUGUCAUUUAGUAAUAAUGCAGUAUCUUCAUUGUUUGGUUUCGUGAGUCAACUGUUCUGUAGAAUGGGUUGAGGAAGUUUGUUUUUUAACAUUACUUUUGGAUUAGACUCGAACAUCUUUUUUGAUUUGAGGAUGAUAAUAAAUGAUGGCUUCUACUAUGAAAAUGAUAUCUAUUUGAAAUUUCUCAGGCUUUGUGCUGAAGGAUUUGUAUUAAAAAUUUUGCUGUUGAAAACACAAUAA